UCAACCCCACAGGUCUCAGCUCUAUAUAAACGCGCAUCUCCUCAUAUUCGACCAGUCUUUCGGAGCCUCUCGACGGUGUCACCAUGAAUCCUUGGUUUUUACUCAUGUUGGCUGCGGAUACCGUGGCAUCGUCAGAAGUCAAGGUGAGGUGGUGCACCAAGUCGGACCCAGAGUACAAAAAGUGCGACGCUCUUUCCAAGUUACCAGGAGUAGCUCUCCAGUGCACGCGUUCCGAGAGCGCGGAAAAAUGCAUCCAAUCAAUCAAAGAUAACAACGCAGACGCCGUCACACUUGAUGGUGGAGACAUCUAUACCGCUGGCCUUGAGAACUACAAACUACAUCCCAUCCUGGCAGAGCACUAUGGCGCUAGUUCCGAUACAUGUUACUAUGCUAUUGCGGUGGUGAAGAAGGGUACUGAUAUAACGAUCAAUAACCUGCAAGGGAAGAAGUCCUGCCACACAGGUCUUGGCAAGUCUGCUGGUUGGAACAUUCCCAUUGGCACCCUGGGGACCAUGGGCAAGAUCCAGUGGAAAGGCAUUGAGGACAAGCCUUUGGAGGAGGCUGUGAUGGAGUUUUUCUCUGAAAGCUGUGUCCCUGGGGCCACAAAAGGCUCCAACUUGUGCAAGCUGUGUCAGAACCCUGCCUGCCCCCGUUCCCCCGCAGAACCAUACUAUGGUUAUGAUGGAGCUUUCAGGUGUCUUAAGGAUGGUCGUGGAGAUGUGGCAUUCAUAAAGCACGUGACUGUCCCUGAUGAUGAAAAACCCAACUAUGAGCUUCUGUGUAAAGAUGGCUCAAGAGCCCCCAUGGAUGAUUACAAGAACUGCCAUUUUGCCAGAGUGCCUGCCCAUGCUGUGGUCAGUCGCAAAGACCCAGAGCUGGCUGACCGCAUCGAAGAAAUGUUGAAGAAAAUUCCGAAAGACCAACUCUUCUCCUCUGCGGCUCAUGGAGGCAAGGAUCUACUAUUCAAAGAUGGAAUACAGGACCUGGUUAGGCUUCCAAGCAUUAUGGACAGUUUCCUUUACCUGGGGGCUGAGUACAUGAGCGUUAUUCGUUUCCUAACAAAAGAGUCGGAGAGUUCGAGCACGCCUAAGCCCAUUAUAUGGUGUGCCAAAAAAGGAGAGAAACAAAAGUGUGACAACUGGUCUGCCAGAAGUGGAGGCGCCGUUGAAUGUGCUGUAGCAGACUCUGUGGAUGACUGUCUGAAGAUGAUCAUGCACAAAAAGGCGGAUGCCGUAGCUGUUGAUGGAGGAGAGGUCUAUACUGCUGGGAAGUGUGGAUUAGUUCCUGUCAUGGCAGAGCAGUAUGAUCAAGACUGCAAGCCGGAUGCCAGCGAUGCCCAGUCUUCAUACUAUUCUGUGGCAGUAGUUAAGAAGUCAAGUGGUAUCACAUGGGAUACUCUUGAGGGAAAGAAAUCUUGCCACACUGGACUGGGUCGCACUGCUGGAUGGAACAUCCCAAUGGGUCUAAUCCAAUCUAAAUACCCCGAUGACAACUGCAAGUUCAAUACCUACUUCAGCUCAAGCUGUGCCCCGGGAGCAGAUAAAGCAUCGUCUCUUUGCUCCCUCUGUAAGGGCAGUGGGAAGGCAGUUGGAGGAGAGGACACCAAGUGUGACGCAAAUGCAAAUGAGGCCUAUUUUGGAUAUGCAGGAGCCUUCAGAUGCCUUAUUGAAAAGGGAGAUGUGGCCUUUAUAAAGCAUUCCAUUGUCUCUGAGAAUACUGGAGCGGAUGCUCCAUCCUGGGCUAGCGGUGUACAAAAGUCCGAUUUCAGGGUCAUUGGUCCCGGGUGCCAGGCAGAGAUUGACGACUAUAAAAACUGCUUCUUGGCCGAGUCACCAGCACACGCUGUGGUGACUCUUCCAGAGAGGAGCGCUGAUGUGGUGGCAAUGCUCAAAGAUCAACAGUCCAAACCUGAAGGCAACGGAAUAUUUUCCACCGACUAUGGAAAGAAUCUGCUCUUCAAGGACAACACAAGAUGUCUACAGGAACUGUCUUCGAAGAACUACAAGCAUUUCUUGGUGGAUAAAUACGUGACAGCCAUGACUGGUCUGAGACGUUGUGCGGAGAGUAUCUCAGAGGUGGAGAAGGCUUGCACUUUCCAUACCUGUCAGCAGAAGGACACCCAGUCGGAAUGGAGGCGGAUAAAGUGGCCGGCAACUACCAUGACUACACUGUGGAAGCAGUUUGACGAUGACGUGGACCAAAUUCUGGAGUCCGUGGCUAAGGGAGAGGCAGAACGGAAGCUGCAAGCCAUGACAACGAUCAUUGUCAGGAUGGCGGCUGAGAGGUUUGGUGAAGAGGAGAGGAAGAGCUCGGGAACGUCCUACACAGAGCACAGAAGGAUAAGGACUCUUCGCCGGGCAGAGUGGCAUCGGAGGAGGCGACGGGAGAGAUCGCGUAAAAGAGCGGCCUUCAUCGCGAACCCCUACAAGUUCACGAAAGACCUGCUAGGCCAAAAGCGCAGCGGUAGACUAUCCUCUUCAAAGGAAGACAUUGACCAGCAUCUCGCACAGAUGUUCAGUGAUCCAAGAAGAGAGGAGGCGCUGGGUGAAUGUGAUAUCCUCAUUGAUCCACCCGGACCAGAGGUGCAGUUUGACAUGGCGGAGCUGAAGCUGUUGGAAAUCAAGGAGGUUGUCCAUAAAGCUAGAGCAGGCUCCGCUCCAGGACCAAGUGGUACAUCGUACAAGGUGUACAAGAACUGUCCCAAACUGCUACUACGGCUGUGGAAGAUCCUGCGAGUGUUCUGGAGGAAGGGGAAGAUCCCAGAACAAUGGCGGAUGGCAGAAGGGGUCUGGAUCCCGAAGGAGGAAGGUUCCACCCAGCUCGACCAGUUCCGCAUCAUCUCCCUCCUUUGCAUCGAGUCCAAAAUCUUCUUCAGCACCAUCUCCAAGAGACUGAGCAGCUACCUAGUCUAUAUCGACACAUCAGUCCAGAAAGGUGGCAUUUCUGGCAUGCCGGGCUGUGUGGAGCACACUGGUGUGGUAACACAGCUUAUCCGAGAGGCCAGAGAAAACAGGGGUAACCUGUCAGUACUUUGGCUUGACCUGGCAAAUGCAUUUGGCUCCAUCCCCCAUAAGCUUGUCCAGCUCACUUUGGUGAAACACCAUGUCCCCAGCAAGUGCAGAGACCUCAUCGCUGACUACUACAACAACUUCAGUAUGAGGGUCUCUGCAGGAGCAACUCCAUCAAGCUGGCACAAGGUAGACAUAGGCAUCAUCACAGGGUGUACCAUCUCUGUGACGCUGUUCUCCUUGGCCAUGAAUAUGCUCACCAAGUCUGCGGAGCCAGAGUGCAGAGGACCACGUAUGAACUCUGGACAACGUCAGCCACCCAUCAGGGCAUUCAUGGAUGACCUUACAGUCACCACAGAAUCAGUCCCAGGAUGCCGGUGGAUACUGAAGGGCCUGGAGAAGAUGAUGGAGUGGGCCCGAAUGCGUUUCAAGCCAGCCAAAUCCAGAUCCAUGGUGCUGAGAAAAGGAAAGGUAGAGGACAAGUUCCGGUUUAACAUCACAGGCACCGCAAUCCCAACGAUCACAGAGAAGCCAGUCAAGAGCUUGGGAAAGGUGUUUGACAGCUCUCUGAAGGAUGCAACAUCUAUCCAGACCACCUGUGCUGAGUUGGAGGGCUGGCUGAAAGCCGUGGACAAAUCUGGGCUACCUGGAAAGUUCAAAGCCUGGGUCUACCAGCAUGGCAUCCUCCCCAGAAUCUUGUGGCCCCUCCUUAUCUAUGCCGUCCCAGUUUCCACAGUAGAGACCUUGGAAAGGAAAGUCAGCAACCACCUGCGGAGAUGGCUGGGGUUACCUAAAAGUCUGAGCAGCAUCGCACUCUACGGGCGCAAUAACAAGCUGCAGCUGCCCUUUAAAUCCUUGGAGGAGGAGUUCAAGGUAGCAAGGGUUAGAGAGGUGGUGCUGUACAGGGACUCCAGUGAUCCAAAGGUGGCCAAUGCUGGAAUCCAAGUGAGGACGGGCAGGAAGUGGAAGGCAGAAGAGGCCGUACAGACGGCUGAAGCUAGGCUGCGCCACAAGGCUUUGGUGGGAGUGGUGACACGAGGCAGAGCGGGUCUGGGAUCCUUUCCAACCCCGAAAAUGAACACCAGGGGGAAAGAGAGGCGGCACCAGAUUCAAGAGGAGGUGAGGGCUGAUGUGGAGGAGAUGCGAUCCUGUAGGGCUGUGGACAUGAGACAGCAGGGGGCCUGGACAAGAUGGGAGAAUGCGAUGGAGCGGAAAGUAACCUGGAAUGAGAUCUGGAGAGCUGAGCCCCACCGCAUUAAAUUUCUUAUCCAGGCAGUGUACGAUGUAUUGCCCAGUCCGUCAAAUCUGCAAGCAUGGGGUCUAGCAGAGUCACCAGCCUGCCCACUAUGUUCCAAGAGAGGCACCUUGGAACAUGUCCUUAGUUGCUGUACAACAGCACUAGGUGAAGGGCGUUACCGCUGGAGGCAUGAUCAAGUCCUGAAGACUAUAGCCGAAGCUAUCAGCACAGGACUGGUAUGGGCAAAGCAGCAGCGUACCCCCAAGAUCAACAUCACCUUUGUCAAGGCUGGAGAGCAGGUUACCCCAGCAAACAAGGCACCAACAGGCAUACUGACCUCAGCAAAAGACUGGCAGCUUCUGGUGGACCUUGAGAAACAGCUGAGGUUCCCCAGCAACAUUGCAGUCACCACCCUCCGCCCUGACAUCGUCCUUGUAUCAGAGUCCACCAAGCAGGUUGUGUUGCUGGAACUUACAGUCCCGUGGGAAGACCGCCUGGAAGAAGCUUUUGAGAGGAAGCUCUCCAAGUACGCAGGGCUGGUCAAUGAGUGCCAGCAGUCAGUUUCGGAGCCUCUCGACGGUGUCAUCAUGAUUUCUUGGCUUUUAGUCAUGCUGGCUGCUGAUACCGCAGCAUCUUCAUAUGUCACAGUGAGGUGGUGCACCAAGUCGGACCCAGAGUAUAAAAAGUGCGACGCCUUCUCCAAGUUACCAGGAGUAGCUCUCCAGUGCACGCGUUUAGAGAGUGCGGAAAGAUGUAUCCAAGCUAUCAAAGAUAACAACGCAGACGCCGUCACACUUGAUGGUGGAGACAUCUAUACCGCUGGCCUUGAGAACUACAAACUGCAUCCCAUCCUGGCAGAGCACUAUGGCGCUAGUUCCGAUACAUGUUACUAUGCUAUUGCGGUGGUGAAGAAGGAUUCUGAUAUAACGAUCAAUAACCUGCAAGGGAAGAAGUCCUGCCACACAGGUCUUGGCAAGUCUGCUGGUUGGAACAUCCCCAUUGGCACCCUGGGGACCAUGGGCAAGAUCCAGUGGAAGGGCAUUGAGGACAAGCCUUUGGAGGAGGCUGUGAUGGAGUUUUUCUCUGAAAGUUGUGUCCCUGGAGCAACAAAAGGCUCCAACUUGUGCAAGCUGUGUCAGAACCCUGCCUGCCCCCGUUCCCCCGCAGAACCAUACUAUGGUUAUGAUGGAGCUUUCAGGUGUCUUAAGGAUGGUCGUGGAGAUGUGGCAUUCAUAAAGCAUGUGACUGUCCCUGAUGAUGAAAAACCCAACUAUGAGCUUCUGUGUAAAGAUGGCACAAGAGCAGCCAUGGAUGAUUACAAGAAAUGCCAUUUUGCCAGAGUGCCUGCCCAUGCUGUGGUCAGUCGCAAAGACCCAGAGCUGGCUGACCGCAUCGAAGAAAUGUUGAAGAAAAUUCCGAAAGAGCAACUCUUCUCCUCUGCAGCACAUGGAGGCAAGGAUCUACUAUUCAAAGAUGGAAUACAGGAACUGGUUAGGCUUCCAAGCAUUAUGGACAGUUUCCUUUACCUGGGGGCUGAGUACAUGAGGGUUACUCGUUUCCUAACAAAAGAGUCGGAGAGUUCGAGCACGCCUAAGCCCAUUAUAUGGUGUGCCAAAAAAGGAGAGAAAAACAAGUGUGAGAACUGGUCUGCCAGAAGUGGAGGCGCCGUUGAGUGUGUUGUAGCAGACUCUGUGGAUGACUGCUUGAGGAUGAUAAUACACGAAAAGGCGGAUGCCGUAGCUGUUGAUGGAGGAGAAGUCUAUACUGCUGGGAAGUGUGGAUUAGUUCCUGUCAUGGUGGAGCAGUAUGAUCAAGACCGUCCCAAGACCCAGUGUGAGCGCGACAAAGUCCUGGGUUCUCUGCAUGGACCGGGAGCCUUCGUGCCUCAGUGUGAUGAGCAGGGUCAGUACCGGCCGCUCCAGUGCUACGGGUCUACGGGUUACUGCUGGUGCGUGGACAGCCAGGGACAGGAGAUAGACGACACCAAGGUGCCCCCUGGGUCACCCACACCAAACUGCACUGAGCCAGCGGAUGCUCCAUCCUGGGCUAGCGGUGUGAAAAAGUCAGAUUUCAAGGUCAUUGCUCCCGGGUGCGAGGCAGAGAUUGACGACUAUAAAAACGGCUUCUUGGCCGAGUCACCAGCACACGCUGUGGUGACUCGUCCAGAGAGGCGCGCUGACGUGGUGGCAAUGCUCAGAGAUCAACAGUCCAGACCUGAAGGCAACGGAAUGUUUGCCACCAACUUUGGAAAGAAUCUGCUCUUCAACGAUGACACAAGAUGUCUCCAGGAAAUGCCUGAGAAGAACUACAAGGAUUUCUUGGGCGCUGUAUACAUGGCAGUCAUGACUGGUCUGAGAUGUUGUGCAGAGAGUAUCUCAGAGCUGGAGAAGGCUUGCACUUUCCAUACCUGUCAGCAAAAGGACUAGAUAGAAGACACAAGA